GUUGACAAGCCGUUGCGUUUGUUGCAAGUCUAAAAAAGCCCUUAUUUCAAUUCCAGUUUUAAAUGCUUGGUGAUGAUUUGAUAAGUCGUCAUUUUGUGAGGUUUAUUUAUAUACGAUUUUAAUUGAUUCUUGGUUUUAUGUAAGAAUUUGCGUGCAAUCUUGAAUUAGAAUGAGUGACAAAGCGAUUCCGGUUCGAGUGGCAGUAAGAAUUCGGCCAUUAGUACCAAAGGAGAUUACAGAAGGAUCUCAACAUUUUAUCAGUAAAGUUUCAAAUCAACCACAAGUGACUGUCAAAGGUUCAAGUGAAGCUUUCACCUACGAUUAUGUGUUUGGCCCAGACGAAAGUCAAAGCCAAGUGUAUGACACUGCCGUCACUAAAAUUGUGGGAAAAAUUUUCAAAGGUUACAAUGUAACAAUCCUUGCUUAUGGCCAAACUGGCUCGGGCAAAACUUUCUCAAUGGGAACUGCAGACACAGCAAGUGCUUCAAGUGCAACUUUAUCACAAAGCAGUGGAAUUAUUCAACGGGCUGUCAAAGAUUUGUUUCGAAAGAUGAAUGAAGAUGGGAACCUUUCUUUUGAAAUCAAUGUGUCGUUCUUAGAGCUCUACAUGGAGAAGGUUUAUGAUCUCUUAUCGAAAACUAGAAAUGAAGAAGUGGAGAUACGAGAGGAUCCCAAAAUUGGAAUAAGAAUUAAUGGUUUGAAUGAAACAGCUGUUACCACAUGGGAAGAAACAUUGAAGUGCCUUGAAAAUGGUUCCUUGAACAGACGAACUGGUGCAACGGCUAUGAAUCACCAGAGUAGUCGGUCACAUGCCAUUUUUACCCUGACAAUAAAUCAGAUUAACAAAGAGAGCUCGUCAACGAUUAAAACGUCUAAGUUUCAUCUGGUUGACCUCGCUGGUUCUGAACGGGCUAGCAAAACGCAUGCGGUUGGAGAAAGAUUCGCAGAAGGAGUAAACAUCAACAAAGGGCUGCUAUCUCUUGGCAAUGUGAUUAGUGCCCUAUGCGAAAAUAAUCCUAGACACAUUCCUUACCGAGAUUCUAAGCUCACACGCCUUCUUCAAGAUUCUCUCGGUGGGAAUUCUCACACACUGAUGAUCGCUUGUGUAAGUCCAGCUGACUCGAACUACGAAGAAACUCUUAGCACUCUGCGAUAUGCUGACCGUGCCAGGAAAAUCAAGAACAAACCAGUUGUCAAUCAGGACCCGACAAUGGUAGAAGUAAUGGCCCUACGAGCCCAAGUUCAACAACUCUUGGCAUCCAAUGGAACUUCAAGUUUUGCUGAAGUCGAGCAACUUCGUCAGCACCUCAAGUUUGCUGAAGAAGAGAAGGUUCAACUCACUCAUGCGUUACAGUUGGCGUUGGAGGAAAAUACAAACAUGUGUGAGAAAGCACUUUUAGCUGAUGCAGCUAACCAGCAAAUGAAGCAGAGACUCGAAGAGUUGCAGGUUCAAACUGAACAAACCCUUGGAGCUAUGAAUCAAACAAUCAACGAAACGGGCGAUUUGAACGCAACAAAAACCAUAGAACAAGUGUUGAGUCUAAAGUCAAAAAUUGAAGAAAUCCAAGACGUUCAACGAAAGGGCGAAAUCGAGCAAGUCAAUCACGAUAUGCAAACUUCUAAUGAUUCUGACAAAGAAAACAAAGAAAGCGAUUCUGAAUCGACACAAUCCCCUAAGCGCCUGUCAAAGUUGGGAGCCGAUAUGGCGUUACGUCAAGCUGCCCUAAGUAAUGAUCUCAAAGAACUAAAUGCCCAACUUGCCUUAAAAGUUCACAUGGUCAAUAAAAUGACUCAAGACCAACAAGGCCCGUAUAGUGUUGUAAAAGCUCAUUAUGAUGCAACAGUAAGCGAAUUGGAGAAUCAAAUCGGAGCUUUGCAACAAGAAAAAGAUGAAUUGGCUAGUCUAUUAGCACAAGCUAGUAGUAAUGUCAAUGCUUGUAAAAUUUCCGAGCAGAGAAGGAAACGGCUCCAGGAACUUGAACCGCAGAUUAGCGAACUGAAGAAAAAGAUCCAGGAGCAAGCAAAUAUAAUCAAGCUUAAACAGAGAACGGAAGAGCAGUUGAAAAAAUUCAACUACGAGAUUCAAGGAAUGAGAACCCAGAAGGUUAAGCUUGUUCGCCAAAUGCGCGAAGAAAACGAAAAAUUCAGAUCGUGGCGUCAGCAAAAAGAACGCGAGGUCACUCGUCUUAAGGAUCAGGACCGAAAGCGCCAAGGGCAGCUUCAGAAAAUGGAAGUUUUACAUGCCAAACAACAGAAUGUUCUUCGCCGUAAAAUGGAAGACGCUAUGGCCGUUACAAAACGUUUAAAAGAAGCACUUUGUUUACAUUCUUCAAAAUCAAUCAGUAAAUCCUCAAGUUCAGCAACUUCAACCGAAAACGAUCAACGAAUCAAGGGUUGGCUGUUGGGAGAACUCAAUUUGCUUACUAAGACCAAAGACGCUGAAUUGGCUUUAGAGUCCUUGAAGGAGUCUCGCCGAACUUUAGCCACACGCCAGGCCAAACUUGAAGCUAAACUCGCAGAUCCGGAGCACAGUGCAACUUUCCUCAACACACUCAAAAGUGAAAUCGCUAAUGUUGCAGCCGAUAUAGACUUGCGUAGCGAGCAAAUUAACGAACUAAAUCAGAAAAUUGCAGCUGCAGAUUUAGAUAACAAAGCUAAAACUCGAUUUGAUUAUCUUCAGACAAUGAUUGAAGCUAAAAUUGCUUUGAAAAUCUUGCUUGAAGAAUCUGUGACGGCACGUGUCGAAACAUUUUCGCUUAGUUCUGAAGUAGAAGAUUUGAGAGGAGAGCUUGACGAUCUCCAGCGUCAACACGAUGAAGCGUUACACGAGCUUUCCAAUAAUAAUCUGGAGUGCGUGCAAGUGAAGCAAAAGCAUCAUUCGGAAAUGAGCAAGCUCAGCCGCGAUUACGAGGAGAGAAUGCUUACUCUCAUAAGACAACUUCCACCAGUUGGGUUGAAGGAAUCGGCAGAUCAUAAGAUAAGUGAAAAGGAUUUUCUGGAACGGUUGAGAAUACAACAAGAAGAACUUGAGCGUUGCAGUACCUUACAAGAGCAAUUACAUGCGGCGUUAAACGAAAUCGAAAUGCUGAAGCAGCAGAAACAGGAGGAAUCUACGGAAAUGAAGGCCCCACAAUUUCCUUCCAAAUUGAAGAAGCCUAAAACGGUGGCGCCUAAACCGAAUCGUGUUCAUGUGGAUAUCGACGAUGUCGAGGAAAUCGAUGAUUACAAUUCAGAUGACGAUCCUGAAUGGCGCAACACUCCCAUGGCUAAAAGAAUUAGAAAACUCAAAGAGGAGGACGAAGCGGCCCCACCGAAAAUGCUUGAUAUGGACAAGCAAGUUAAAAGAGUUGGAAAGAGGUUGAGUCGCACCCAUUGCUCAUGCACAGUCGGCGGCUGCAGAAGUUGUUCUUGCACAAGGGAAAAUCGCCCAUGCAAUGCUGACUGUGGAUGUAGUGCUUCGGGAAUAUGUAAAAACAUGGCAACAGAAAAUGUUCUAAAAGAAGACCAAAACCGGGAAACACAAGAAGAACAAAAUCACAUGUUGAAUGAAACGUUUGAUUUAGGCCGUAAGAGAAGUCAACCGUCUUCUAAAGAAAAUUCCAGAAACGGCGACGAUGUCGAAAAUGAUUUAUCGGCAACGCAGCCAUUGAAGAAGAGUCGCAUCGGAUUGAGUAAAUUAACAAAGAAAGGAGGUUUCUUUGGAUCGCACGAUUAAAAAAUUUAUAUAUAUUUUUUUCUUUUUAAGGGGUUUCUUUUAACAAUGGGUCAUAAAUACACAAGGUUUUCAUAACAAU